ACGUGUAACCAGCUGGAGAUACUCGGGGGUCCGGUCUCCAGGAAUGGACCCUUUGGCAAGGGCGACAGUCUGACCAUGAAGAAAGCCAUGGCGGUGGCUCAGCACCAUGACGCAGUGUCGGGCACAGAGAAGCAACACGUAGCAAACGACUACGCCAGGCGGCUGGCUGGCGGCUGGCAACACUGUCAGGUUCUUGUCAGUAACAGUCUGGCUGCCCUGAGUGGCUCAUCUGCUGAGCGAAUCUUCUGUGACAACCUCAACAUCAGUGUGUGUCCUCUCACUGAGUCCAGCAAGAAGUUCUCAGUCAAUGUGUACAAUCCUCUCGCUCGCCCCGUCACUUGGCCGGUCAGGCUGCCGGUGAACGGGACCGCAUACGACGUAUCAGAUGCUGAAGGCAAAUCAGUGGACUGUCAGGUGGUUCCGGUGUCCGCGGCCACCCGGGACGUGAGGAGAAACCGAGGCUUCGCCGUCAAUGAGCUGGUGUUCCAGGUGCAGGCUCCUCCUCUGGGCUUCUCCACCUACUCUGUGUCGCUGCUUCAGGACGGGCCUCCACCUGCCGCCACAGAGCGCCGCGCGCCCACCACCAUCGCGAACAAG